AGGAAACGAAAUCCUUUCUGGAACACACAAAGCGGUAGAGCAGCGACAAAAUCAACAGCUUUUGGUACAGGGAACUAAUCAUGUCGAAAUUUCUACAAGCUUUUGCCUUGUUCUUAGGAAUCGCGGCAAUUUCAAGUAGAACAUGUCGCGCGUUUUCUGCGGUGGCUCCAACCGUUCCUGGAAACAGCAUCAAAGGAAUUGACAUCCAACCGGUCAAUGGGGGUGAAAAGCUGGCCCUGGAAGACUAUCUCAAAAACGAUGGGAAAACUCUUUUUGUUUUUGGGACAUACGCAGCAGAUUUUAAUGCCAUCGAGUACGCCCAGCGGCUUCGAUACUAUCUUCCCAUCCUUGAAGAAGAAUGCGGGGUUACAAAGUUUGGUGUUGUUUUGAACUGCCAGGCCGAUGCAGCACUCGCYAUGGCAGAUGUAGUUGAUUUGGAUACAACAAAAGUUGAUUUGUUCGUGGACAACACUGGUGCUGCAGGCAAAAAAUGGGGUGUCUCUCGUGGUUGGUUGCCGGACAACGAAGAUGUGAACCCGUUUUUGAAGUUAUUUGGGAUGCUCUGGGGACUCGGUGCUUGGGCUACUCUGCCCGCUGUCAUCGGCGGUUAUAUUGGCAAUCCAUUUGUACCACAAAGAUGGAUAGAAGACGCCUUGGCCGUUGGGCAGAACAAGGAUCGUUGGCCAAACACGGCGCUAGAACUGAGUCAAGACGGCAAGASUAUUGAAGUGAAUAAAUUUACAGAGCUUCCUGUCGUUGGUACCUGGCCUAGACGUCCGUUGGAACUUGCAACAUUGCGACUUCAAUCAAUGAUUGGUAUCUCUUUGAAGGAUUGGAAAAAGCUUGCACCAGACGAAGAGGCGCUGAACUCAGGCGUCCUUACGCAGCUUGGUGGUUGCAUAGUUGUCGACGGGACAACACUAGAAACUGUUUACGACUGGAAAGAUCCUGGGAUUUGCGCUGUGGCAAAUUUUGAAGAUCUCAUCAACAAACUGAAGGCUUAGAUUGCAGAUCUUCAUAUAUCUUUUG